AACUCAAAAGACAAUUAGCUCAACCUUUGUCAUCUUCUUCAUUCUUCUCCUGCAACAAAUGUCAGUAACUUGCGGAGUCGAGUGUGUUGUCGUCUUUGGUUGCGCCCGCUGGCUCUGGAAACGUUGUACCUACGUGGGUUCCGACGACAGCGCCUCCUGGGCCGCCGCCACUCCUCACGAGUUCGAGCCUGUCCCACGUCUCUGCCAACUUAUCUUAGCUGUCUACGAGACCGACCUCCGCCACCCACAAUUCCCUCCUCCUGGCGGCUACAAACUCAACCCGGACUGGCUUGUCAAGCGCGCCACUUACGACCAAACCCUCGGCCACGUGCCUCCUUACCUCAUCUAUGUUGAUCACGACAACCGAGAAAUAAUCUUGGCCAUUCGCGGGCUUAAUCUGGCCAAAGAAAGUGAUUACAAAACUUUGUUGGAUAAUCGAUUGGGGAGACAAAUGUUUGACGGAGGAUAUGUUCAUCAUGGGCUGUUGAAGUCUGCGGAAUGGUUGCUGAAUCAAGAGAGUGAGACUUUGAAAAGACUGUGGAUUGAGAAUGGGAGUGAGUAUGAUUUUAUCUUUGUAGGGCAUUCUUUGGGCUCCGGGGUGGCGGCGUUGGCUACUAUAAUGGUGGUCAACCAUAGAGAUAAGUUAGGUGGGAUUCCAAGGACUAAGAUUCACUGUUACGCCGUCGCGCCGGCAAGGUGUAUGUCCCUGAAUUUGGCUGUUAAGUAUGCUGAUGUGGUUAAUUCUGUUAUUUUGCAGGAUGAUUUCUUACCUAGAACAGCUACUCCUUUGGAAGAUAUUUUCGAGUCAAUAUUCUGUUUGCCUUGUUUAUUAUUUUUGGUGUGCAUGAGGGACACCUUCAUACCAGAAGGUAGAAAGCUCAGAGAUCCUCGAAGACUUUAUGCACCUGGUCGAAUGUAUCAUCUUGUGGAGAGAAAAUUUUGCAGAUGUGGGAGGUUUCCUCCGGAAGUGAGAACCGCUAUUCCUGUAGAUGGGAGAUUUGAACAUAUUGUCUUAUCUUGUAAUGCCACGUCCGAUCAUGCGAUUAUUUGGAUAGAAAAGGAAGCACAGAAAGCUUUAGAAAGAAUGAGAGAAAACAGCCCAGAAACAAUCACAACUCCUCCAAUGGUACAGAAACUGGAAAGGCAAAAGACCAUUGAAAAAGAACACAAAGAUGCAUUGGACAGGGCUGUUAGUUUGAAUAUACCCCAUGCCAUAACCGAACCAGAGGAGCCUCAAAAACAUGAGGCUGACUCUUCACAAGGUGAGCACGAGGAUGCAUCAAACACUAAAUCAAAGUCUAGUAGUGGUAAUUGGGAUCACUUGGUUGAGAAGCUUUUUAAGAAGAGUGAAGAAGGAGAAAUGAUUUUAAACAAAGAUAUGGAUGCUUCCAAACCAUAGUUAAGCCUUUUCUUCUUGCUUUAGGUUUGAGGGAAUAUUUCCUGAUUGCCAGCUUUCAUGUUUGUUAGUAAUACUACAUAGACAAAUAAAUUAUACAAACUUAUUCAUACAACUUAAUGUAGUAACAUGUGAGGAAAAAAAAAAAAACAAUCACAUCACUUAAUCACAAGUUGUUAUUUCAAUUUUAUAGAUAAGUUAAUAAAAUUUGUUUGUACCUAUAGUUUUAUUCUUGUUAAAAUCUCUGGACAAUUUUUUUUUUUUUCGUAUACAACCCCGGGUUUGUCAUGAAGGGGAACAUCCAGGUACAGUAUACUGAAAAUGUGUUAAGAGCAGAGUCCUCUGUCUAAGCCAAAUUCAUUUUGUCCAAACAGUGAACAAAAUUGCUGCUUCUUUGUAAAUUUUAGUAUUUGGUG